AUGCCGGCCGUAGCGAAUGAGCAACAUGAACAGCCCAUCGCAAAGAGGCAAAAGAGAGCCCCAGAUGCCCAACUCCGCUCCAAAGCGCGCGGGGGCUCCAAAAUCUUCGCCCCGUUCCGGAAGACUCUAGGACUCGUCUCGCCGACCCCGGUCCCCUUCACCAGCGUGCGCUUGGGAAAAUCCACCUACCAGAUCACCACCUCGGUGGGCCACUCGCUGCAAACUUACGACUUGCGCAAAGGCUUGAACCUCGUCUUCCUCACUCGUCCGGAAACACCAGAGAUCAUCACGGCCACAUUUGCCUGGCAGGAUAAAACUUUCGCCGCAUGGGGUCAUCUGCGACCCCGGUCUUCGGGCGGUAUUUGGGUCUUCAAGCGUGGUAAGCGCGUUGCUGCUCUUGACAGUCCUGCUCUUGACGCGCCCAUCGAACGAUUGAUGGUGUUUGGUUCGUGGGUCGUUGGUUGCUGGACUGGUGGGUUGGAGGUCUGGAAGACUGGCACGUACGAACAUUAUGCUAGCUUGCGGCCGAGAUCUGCGCCGGAUGCUUCGUCCGCUGAAUCGGUUUAUACGGGUGCCAUGUGCAAUAUGCCUACCUACCUGAACAAGAUCUUUGUCGGCCGCACUGAUGGUGGGAUUGAUAUCUGGAAUCUUCGCAGCGGGAAGUUGGUUUACACUCUGCCCGCGCCGUCUGCAGAUGCUGGUCCCGUGACUGCCAUGCAGUCGACCCCGGCUCUGUCACUUCUCGCCGUGGCUCACAAGAGCGGUGCUUUGUCGAUUUUGAGUGUUGACUCUGGUCAACUGGUUCUCAGCCUGAGGACGGCCUCUUCCCGUACCCCCGCGGUAACGUCGAUUAGUUUCCGCAGUGACGGCCUCGGAGCCGGCCAUGAUGGUCGCAAGGCAGGUUCGAUGGCGACGGCAGCUAGUGGGAGCGGCGAUAUCACAAUGUGGGACUUGAACGAGGGUGGUCGUGUGGCUGGUAUCUUGCGUGGCGCGCAUCGAGUCUCGAGGAGCGAGUCCAGCAUGGGUGUCAACCGUGUCGAGUUCCUCGACAACCAGCCCGUUCUAGUCUCGACUGGAGAUGACAAUGCGCUGAAGACUUGGAUUUUCGACGAAACUCCUUUCUCGCCUACUCCCCGACCUCUUCAUUCUCGCGGUGGCCACUCUGGCGCCGUCAGUGCUCUCGACUUCCUGCCUGCAGCCUCAGAUGGCUCCGACUCCGGUGGCAAGUGGUUGCUCAGCGCUAGCAAGGACUGCAGUCUCUGGGGUCUCAGUUUGCGGAAGGAUAGCCAACAUACAGAGAUUUCCCAGGGUAACUUGGAAAGCAAGGCGAAGAAGCUUGGUCCGUCGGGGUCGAGCGCUGUUAUGGUGGAUGAAUUAAAGGCGCCAGAGGUUACCUGCGUGGCCUGCUCGCUGAAUCGUGAUGGGGGCAUGGGAACCAAGUCCUCCGGUCCUAUCUGGUCCAACCCGAAAGGUGUUGUCACUGGUCACCGAGGGGACAAGUUCGCCCGGACCUGGUUCUGGGGUAAGAAGAAGGCUGGACGCUGGGCUUUUGCUACAAGCGAUGGAACUGAAGUCAAGAGCGUCGCAAUGUCACAGUGCGGUACUUUCGCCGUUGUUGGUUCCGCAGGAGGUGCUGUUGAUAUGUUCAACAUGCAGUCCGGUAUGCAUCGCCAGAGCUUCCCAUCUCGCUUGCCAAAGUCGGGCUUGGCGAAGCGAAACACAGUCACUCUGUCGUCUUUGAGUGCACAAGAUGCCAAGCACACCAAGGCUGUCACAGGUUUGAUGAUUGAUAACCUCAAUCGAACCGUGGUCAGCUGUGGUCUGGAUGGUAAAGUCAAGUUCUGGGAUCUACUAUCAGGUUCAUUAAUCGAUCAACUGGAUUGGCACCCAAUGGCUGCCGUCACGGGACUCCGCUACAGCAAAACAAGCGAAUUGGUCGCCUUCAGCUGUGACGAUCUGUCAAUCCGCGUCGUCGAUCUCGAGACCCGGAAGCUUGUCCGUGAAUUCUGGGGAUGCGUCGGCCAAGUGAAUGACUUCAUCUUCUCCAAUGAUGGCCGCUGGGUCAUCGCUGCCUCCAUGGACUCCGUGGUUCGAGUAUGGGACCUGCCAACCGGGCAUCUCAUUGACAUCUUCCGCGUGUCCAGUACCUGCACUUCUCUCGCCAUGCCCUCCACCGGAGAAUUCCUCGCAACCGCGCAUGCAGGAAGCAUCGGCGUCAGUCUCUGGAGUAACCGCAGUCAAUUCAUGUCCAUACCUACCAAGAAUCUCGACGAAGACGUCAUCGAGGACGUUGGCGUGCCGACUACCUCUGGUGAAAGUGGCGCGGGACUUGUUGAGGCUGCUUUCGUGGACGAGACCGAACAGGACGAUACCGAAGGACCUGUGCUUGUAACCGACCAACUGCGCAAGGACAUGAUGACACUCAGUCUGGUUCCUCGAAGCAGAUGGCAGGGCCUCCUGCACCUUGAUUCUAUCAAGGAACGCAAUCGUCCCAAGGAAGCUCCCAAGGCCCCCGAAAAGGCCCCUUUCUUCCUGCCCUCCCUUCACGGCAAGGACGCCACCACCUCGCCCAACCCAGCCGCAACCGCCGACACCGCCGAACUAGACUCACUAAUGCAAACCGCCGGUGCCGAGCGCUCCAGAGUCUCAAAGAUGCAAUCCGGCUUCCUCACAUCAUCUGACUCCCCAAUCACAAAGUUCCUCGAGUCAGGAAAUGAUUCCGGCAACUACGACCCCAUGAUCGAGCAUCUGAAAUCUCUCUCUCCAGCCCGCGCCGACCUAGAAAUCCGCUCCCUCAACCCGCGCGUGCAGAACGGGUUCUCGGAGCUAGCCAGCUUCAUCGAUGCGCUGACCCUGCGCUUGAAGUCGAGAAGGGACUUUGAGCUGGUUAAUGCCUGGAUGGCGGUGUUCUUGAAGAUUCAUUCCGAUACGGUUGGGCUUUGCGCUGGCCAGGAUGAACUUGAGUACCGUCUGCUGCGGAAGGCAUUGGCUGCGUGGUCGAAGGAGCAGGAGCAGGAAGGGAAGCGGUUGGCUGGUCUGGUUGGGUAUUGUCGUGGUGUGGUGGGCUUCCUUCGGUCUGCGCGCUGA